UUUGUUUUGAUGGUGACUAAUUUAUCGCUGACUGGAUGUAAUCUUUGUUUCUCUACUAUAAAUAAUCAAGAGUGCAGCGAUUGUCAGGGAUUUCGCAAGUCGGCUCGAAGCGCGAUCAUGGCCGGCGAGUACGGCUUUGUGCAUUACAAGCGGCAAUUCAACUGGGUUAGCAGCGACAACAGCUACCUUUCCAUCCAGCAGGAACCUGAUUUGCCCCUGUUUACUGCAGCUCCGAGAUGUCUGGCCGAGCUACGCAGCCAUUGGGCUUCCGAAGCAGCCCAAACCCAGAAGGUUUUGAGGUUCAGUUGCGUCCACGAAACCAGUACAGGAGCAAAGCAUGAGUGGAGUCUGGACUCGGAGGACGCGUUCAUUAAUGCCUUAAUGCUGGUUAAUGCUGGAGAGAAGGUGAUUUUGACAGUUGAUACAGCAAGUGACACAACUUCCUCAGAGUCAAGUGGUUCGUUCCUGCCGAGUGGCAGUGGCAUGGAUAAGAAGCCCCCUGAGUGGUUCCUUUGUUACAUGAAAAAAUUCAGAGCUGAACUCAUGGAGGAAAUAGGUCAGGUGAUUGAUGAGAAACUGAGCCACAAGCACCAUCGCCACCAUGGUCCUAAACCUGACCACCAUCACGGUCCCAAACACGAACAUCACCAUGGUCCGAGACAUGAUCACCAUCAUGGUUCGAGACAUGGAGCCGUUCACAAAGAGAUGCUUUCAACAGCAGACUUCAAGUGCAUGAAGAUUGAGAGGAAACUUCAGAAGUUGCAAAGCAAGACACAGAAAAUGAGCCUCGAGUUGGAUGACGUUCCGGAGACUUCGCAAUACAAGCACAAGGGUGAAAGGAAACUUGGCCGCUUGAGCAGGAAGAUGGAGCAGUUGGAAAGCAAACGUUGCCACAUCAUGGCCAAGAAAGUCUCCAGGACGGUCCUCGAGCCCCGCGAGGAGCCCACGGCCUCCGCUCCGGUUUCCAUGGAGCCGCAAAUCAUGCCUAUGGAAAGUUCCAACAAUUCAUCCAUUGAGAAUGAACGACCUGCUCGAAAGUACGACGCUGCAAUUCUGACCGAAAAUAAACCUGUUUUGGAGAGAAAGUUGGACAACGGAAGCAUCUUUUCAUACCAGUGGGUGGUCAGGAAUGUUGGAGAAUUGCCUUGGGAUGAUAAGACGGAGAUUCGUCUUGCUCAUGCUUCUGCUGGAAUGUCUCUAAGUGAGCACACCAUACCUGCACCAAAACUGCAGCCUGGAGAUUGGGACAAAAUUGUCAUUUCAUUUGAAGUUCCUGCCCGACCUGGACUUUACGAGUGCUACUUCCACUUUUUCCAAAAUGAAGACCGGUUUGGCCAGGUCCUGCGGUGCUCCUUCUCUAUUGAUCCCAUUCAAGGUGAGAAAGAAGUUGCGAGCACACCUGUGUCUAGUAACACACUAACUCAACAUCCAUUUGUCAAAGAAAUCCAAGAGGCAAAUUUGGCAGGAAGCGUGAUUCAAGAGAAAGACAAGGGAGAGUACGAGAGUGAUCUUGACGAAGAGGAUGACGACGAUGAUGACAGCUCCUCAGACUCCUCCGACUCAGACUUCGUACAUGUGGACGUCCCAAUGCCACAGUGUUAUCAGUACCAAAAGGACAAAGACGAUGAUAAAGUAGAAAAGGAAAGUAACCCUUCCUUGCCAGGUGAAGAAGCCUCUGCACUGUCCACUGUGUUGAUUCCCUCGCUUCGCCCCGAACUAUCUCUGAAUCCGACAGACCAGUCAUGCAAAACACCACCCACAACGCCUAGAGAGGCAGAAAGUGAGGCAGAUGAACCUACUUCGGACACAACCUUGAUCAAGUACCCGAUGCAUGAACUGAAGGAUAUGGAAAAUCGACCCGUCUUUCCGAAACACUCUCAGAGGGUGGAUGAUGCGGAGAGGGAAUCUUCGCCCGUCCACAUUCUGCCUGAAACAUUGGUGACUGGGGCUAUGAAUGUGGCAGCCAAGGCCUACAGCAGUGCCGAGGCCAUUAUGAGGAGCUUGCAAGGCUCCACAUUGUCAUCUUCUACAGCUUUUUCUGCUGCCCACGGAGCUGCUUUCCUUGGGCCAGAACCAUCUCCACGAACAGCCCCUGUCCCCACUCCCCGUGCUGUUUCUGAAGAACCUACUGACCCACGAACGCAAAAUCUGAUUACUCUGGCUGAUAUGGGAUUCUUCGACGACAGACUUAACGAGCAAUUGCUGGACCGCUACAAGGAAAAUCUGCAGGAAGUUGUGGCUGAGCUCAUUCUUCGCCAGGGAAGAAGUGCACGCUAAGGAUGGAUUUUCUUUUGGGUUUAACUUUUAUAAAAUAACAGCACAGCUCUGUCAGCAGAUAGUAUAUUCGAUAUUAUAGAAAAAUAUGAGUUAGUUUCAAACUUCCUGUAUACUUAGUUUCAUGAAGCAUUAGCAUUACCCACAGAGCAUUACUAUGAUUUUUUAGAGCAGGGAUGGCUUCAGUGAUAACAGUUUCCCCAAUAAUGUAAUCAUUAAGCUGCAUACACACAUUCUUCAAUAGAACUUGGUGCAUUGCUUAUAAAUGUGAUCGAUACCAAUUUUGAUUGAUACACUAUUUUAAGUUUAUUUUUCUGCUAUUUUAGAUGUUUUCGUUAAGGUUUCUUCGUAUUAUUUUAUUGUCAACUAACAAAGAGGGUUAUAAACAGGUUCAACUACAAUAAUGUUAGAACAAAAUCACUGCAUAACAUCUAUUUGUUUCAAUACUUACUUAGAAUAUAACUGAGGAUGAACAGUGGAAAGGAAUCACCGAAAUAAAUAUUGAGAAAAUGAAAGUAAACAUU